AUGCUCUCGGACGAAAGACGAAGAAAUGUCAGGAGUGUUCAGUCCAACGAGGGUCACAGUGCGUCACAUUCGUCUGAUGACGUCGGAUCUCAUAGUCGUAACUCUAGAGGACUGAUCGAUGAGGACGCGCACCAGUGUGAGUACGUCGUUCCGAGUGAUAUGAGACUGGAGAACACAUCAGGCCGCCGCGUCGCCUUCGCGUACCAAGUAAACAACAAAGGUUUCCCUGAACUUCACCCGUCUAUCGUCAUCGCGCCCUCUUCAUCGUUAUGGUCCAUCCGUGAAACCGAGAAGACACGCUGUAUUCGAAGGGAACGUCCCGAUGGAAUGGGUUCUUCGACUGGGAUCCAACUCUGGGCUGCUGCUUGCACGACAUUCCUAAAAUCCACUCAAUACCUUGAAGGAAAGGCACUGGGUGAUCAACUCCGAGCGCAUGGCCGAGCCAAGUAUAGGACAGCACAGAAUCCCGCUACCCCGUUCUUGCUUGGAUGGAGGAUAGCAGAGAGGAAACGGUUUGGGGGUGGCGAUCAAGAGGGAUGGUUAUCCCUGAUGGUGACAAAGUUUUUGGAGAGCGACUUUCGACUGGGAACGACUACCCUUACCAACGAUCACGAAGAUCUUUUCACUACCACUAUCCCCGUGAUACAGGCCAUUCACUCUCGCAAUGGGACUCUUCACCCUCCUGUGUCUCCGUUUGUAGGGUAUGGAAGUUGGUCCAACUUCGUCGGAGUCAGCGCAGGACACCUUACGCGGAAGCUCUUUGCUACAAAGAAGUUACGAGGUGCGGAGAAAGGAUCUAGGACUGGUUUAAGUCCGCCUCCAGCACAGCAGAACAACCACCUUCAUGGAUGGGUGACACCCUCGAUAAGGAAUCCCACUUCUUGGUGCGGAGGAAGAACGGUCUAUGAGCACGGUUCCUCGGAAGAAUAG